UUCAGAGCACCAUGGCUUCCUAUACACUGCUGCUGCUCCUGGCCUCAUGUUGUGGGGCUCUGGCCUCCCACUACUAUGCCGGAGUCAUGACCUUCACUCCGAAAGGAAAGAAUGCCGAUGGAUCGUUCAGGGUGGACUUCCGCUACAAGGAGACUUACCAUACCUGCUAUACAACUAACUCCUGGUUCUGUCGCAGUGGAAACUGCGGGACCAUAGAUCGAUUUGAAAUCGGUCAAGUGGAUAGCAAUUCCAAUGGAGCUAAUACUCGAGGGAACACCUGGUGUCAGUCGGAAGCGUUAAUGACGAGAAAUAUUCCAAGCAACACACCUUUUGAAAUGUGGGAAACAGGGUGUUGCUGGAUACCUUCAGAUAGCCUUGGAUCAUGGAGCCUAUUGACACAUGUGGACCUUGGGAUCAGAUCCGACACUAAUGAACCCAACAGAUCUCCAGUCACAACAAUUAUACCUUUCAUCCGGAUACCACGGAAUUGUCCAAGAACAUUUAAUCUGCUGGCUCAUGACCCUGAUAAUGACCAAGUCAGAUGCAGAUAUGGAAGACUUGGUUCCAAUGAGUGCCAUACAUGUAGACAGCAUUCUGGCUUCGCCUUGGAUGAAAAUUCCUGCACCUUGACUUACUGGGAUGCCUUCAUAACAAAGGUUAAUGCCUUUGAGAUUGUCCUGGAGGAUUACCCCACACAAGUAAUCACUCUGAAAUACACCGAUGGCACAUUGUCCACCAAGUCCCCACUAGCUUAUAGAGACAAGCGAGCAGUCCACUCCUACUACUACUACGCUACUGCACCCAUACUACCAACUACAACAGCCACUACGACUAAAGCACCUCACCACUACAACUUCUACCACUACUACAACCCUACAACAACAACAACAGCCCCAACAACUACAACAGCCCCUACAACUACAACAGCCACUACAACUAAAGCACCUCCCCACCACUACUACUACCACUACUACAACCCUACAACAACAGCCCCAACAACUACAACAGCCGCCCCUACAACUACAACAGCCACUACAACUAAAGCACCUCCCCACCACUACUACUACCACUACUACAACCCUACAACUACACCACCCCCUACAACUACAACAGCAGCCCCAACAACUACAACAGCCCCUACAACUACAACACCCCCUACAACUACAACAGCCCCAACAACUACAACACCCCCUACAACUACAACACCCCCUACAACUACAACGGCCCCAACAACUACAACGGCCCCAACAACUACAACGGCCCCAACAACUACAGCAGCCCCAACAACUACAACAGCCGCCCCUACAACUACAACAGCAGCCCCAACAACUACAACAGCCCCUACAACUACAACACCCCCUACAACUACAACAGCCCCAACAACUACAACACCCCCUACAACUACAACACCCCCUACAACUACAACAGCCCCAACAACUACAACACCCCCUACAACUACAACAGCCCCAACAACUACAACGGCCCCAACAACUACAGCAGCCCCUACAACUACAACAGCCGCCCCUACAACUACAACAGCAGCCACAACUACAGCACCCCCUACAACUACAAUGCCCCCUACAAGUACAACAACCACUACAACUACAACAACCACUCCAAUGAUGCCAAUGAUGGGUCUGUGUAAAAUCCCUCUGCAGUUUUCAAUCCAAGUUGAUCCAUCUGUUCAUGACUGUACCGAGGGAAAUAUUCUGCCCAAGUUUCUGUUCCCAACUCCACAAAAUGGAGAAAAACUCAUUGCUGCUGUUGGUCAGGAACUGGAAAUUAAGCUGAAGGCUACAGCAACACAAUCAUGGGUAAAGAACUUCAUCAUCAGUGGACCUCUGAACAUCACAAAGUACAACACUAUCAGAGGAGCAGUUGGAGAAUCUCGAAUCAGGUGGACACCAACUAAAAAUGACUUUGGUGAUCAUGUUCCCAUUUGCUUCAUUGCAGAGAGUCAACAAGGGUACAGAAUCUUUCACUCUGACAUGAGAUGCAUCAUUGUCAUUGUUAAACACAAAUCUGGCAAUGCCAGUGUGAUUUGUACGGAGACCACAAUGACAGUGGAAGUGGAGAAGGCCUCAAUAAUUGGACUUCAUGAAGAUCACCUGCGUCUCAAUGAUCCAUCCUGCACUCCCACCUCCAACCAAACCCAUGUGAUCGCCACCGUGUCCCUCGGCUCCUGUGGAACAGUACUGGAGGAGGACGCUGACAACCUGAUCUUCAAAAAUGAAAUUAUGUCGUUCGACAACGUUGGUGAUGUCAUUACCAGGAAACACCAGGUGGAGAUUGACUUUGUAUGCUGUUACCCCAAGAAGAGCCGUGUGUAUCUGGAUUUCCAGGCACACAAGAUUCCUUACGUGUUCACAGAAAAAGCAUUUGGAAAGUUCACCUACCAGUUUGAGUUCUUCCACAGUGAGCUGUUCAACACUGCAAUAGACACAGAUCACUACCCUGUAGAUGUGGCACUGAAAGACGUGCUCUACAUGCAAAUCAAAGCUACUUCCUCUGUUGCCAACACUGUGCUCUUCGUGGAGUCCUGCAGAGCAACCCCCGUUGAUGAUCCCGACUAUCACAUUUCCUAUGACAUAAUUUCAAAUGGCUGCAUAUUGGAUGGGACAGUGGUGGUCUAUCCAAGUAACUCCACGGAAUACAGAUUUGGAAUGGAGGCUUUCCAGUUCAUUGGACAACAUGAGCAGGUCUUCAUAUGCUGCUCAGUCAUCCUGUGUGUGGCAGGGGAGCCCGGCACCAGAUGUUCUCAGGGCUGCACCACUCCCACACCCACACCCGCCCCUGUUCUACAUCACCUCCACAGGAGGGAUGCUGCCACACAGACUGGGAGACACUCCAUUUCCCAGGGGCCUUUGCGUCUAAAGAAGGCCACAGAAACCACAGUUUCCAACAUGGGCUUGAACAUGAACCUGGUUUUCAUUGCUGCCUUUCUCCUGGUUGUGGUUGUCAUUGUGUGUGGAGCUGUGAUUUAUACAGUAAAGAGGCCAACAUUCAAAUACCAACCACUUCCGUCUACUGACUUCUGAGACACAGUUUUAUAACUCAUUAAACAAAGUGAACACAUUCUAACCAAUCACAUUAAUGCAAAAUGUACCUUUUAUGAAUGAGGAAUGGCCUAAAAUCUUAAAAAUCUUUGCAAACCGUCAUAUAUUCAAAUUUUAUUAGCUUUGUACAUCACAACCCUUGAAUAAUUCCCCUGUGACUAAUUUUUGUUAAAAUUAUUGUUUGUCAUACCACAAUAUUACUGUACUGUAAAUUGACUGGGUGUAGUAUUGUAUUUUCAAACUUAUGUGAAAUGUAAUGUUGUACUGUCUCUAAU